GACGAAGUAUUCUGUGCUGGUGGAUGGCGCGUUCGAACGAACUUAUGUCGUGUGGUCAGUCAAACAUCCCGCCCAAUUCGGCUUGUGAAAAACAAACCAAAGCAGGACUUAGUAAGGAUAUUGUAUUUAUUUCAAUUUUUGUUUACAUUAUGAGUAAACUGUUGGUGGAUCAUCGGAAUAUCAAGAACUUGUAAGGCUGUGAAGUUUUGUUGUUUCACCGGAGUUUUACUUCAAGACAUUUGUACCUGUUGGAUAAUUUCUAUGAAGUUUUUGAGUGUUGUGACAGAUUUGGUUCUUAAGCAGGGCUAUUUCUGUCAGAAAAAUGCCUGAUAGCGAAGAUUCUCCCAGCGAAUCUUCUCAGUUAAAAGAUUUGGAUAACUUACUAAAAUGCGCCAUCUGCUAUGAAUAUCUGAAGACUACGUUAAUGACACCAUGCUCGCACAAUUUUUGCUCUUAUUGCAUCAGGCAGUCACUCUCCUAUAGAACCCAGUGUCCUACAUGUUUUGAAGAUGUAACAGAGUUUCAGUUACGACCUAAUAGAGUUGUUGAUGAAUUUAUUUGCAUAUUUACAUGUCUCAAGGGAAAGUUUAAGUGCUUUAGUAACGAACGAAAGUUAAAUUGUGAAAAUUUGAAAUCUAAUGAAGAAUCUUUAGAAAGAAGAAUUACUAGUGAAUUUAAUACUAAAGUAAGUGUACAAUCAACUUCAUCACUAUCAUCGCUUAAAAAUGAUGUGAAUGAAGUUAGUCGUGAAGAUCUAUCAUCUAAUUCAGCUCCAAGUACAUCAAAGGAAGAUGUUCGUAUACCAGAUAAAUUUGUUGCAAAGAGAGAAGUUCAAAUUGCAUCUCUAUUUAGUCCUAAAAAGUCAAAAACACUUGCAGUUAAUGAAACAAGAGUACCUUGUCCUGUUUGCUCUGUUGAAAUUCCUGAAAAGAAUAUUAAUGCUCAUCUUGAUGCUUGUCUGAAACGAUCUGAAGAGAAGAGAGUAGUUCCUGGAGAAAAGAGGAAACUUCUUCCAAAAUUGGUAUAUCAUCUUUUGCCUGAUAAGGACUUACGCAAAAAGCUACAAGAGUUAGGUUUGGGUACAACAGGAGAUCGUGCAACUUUGAUCAAUAGACAUAAGAGGUAUACCCUUUUGUAUAAUUCUGAAUGUGAUUCAUUAAAGCCCAGAUCAGUUGCUGAGAUCAUUAAACAGAUGAAAAAAGAGGAGGAAGAAGAGAAGAAAUCAGUUCCACAAGUGGUGAAAAAACUGAAUGUCGAUAGAAAAGCAGAUCCUCAAACAAAUGAAGAGGCUCAACGGCAGUAUUUGGAAGAAAAUAAAGCAAGCUUCCAGAAGUUAAUUGAAGAAGCUCGAAGAAAUAGAGAAGCAAGAAAAAACAGCAGUAAAACACGGAUUUGUGAUGAUACCGCAAUUGAGGGAACAUCCAGUCCUUCAAAAACUAAUACAUCUAAAUGUCUUUCUCAGAAAGUAAAGUUAUUUCCAAGCAAUAAGAAUAAAGAAAAGGAUAUUGAUAAGGAUGAUGAUGAUAAUGAUGAAAUAGAGGUUCUUAGCGAUUCUCAUUCAGAAAAUACACCUAAAAAGGCAACAAAGAAUGAAAACAAUGAUAAAUAUAAAGCAUUGAAAUCAAAUGAUAAUGACAGUUCUUCCAAUACCGAUCCCAAUUCUCCAAAUGCCUUUGAUAUGGAUGGUGAUGAUGAUACAGAUGAGUACAUAAGCCAAGAAAUGAGUAAGAAGAAAAGAAGAAUAUCAUCAAGCCCUGAAGAAGGUUCUGAUUUUAUAUCAUCAGUUACUUCACCAGUACUUGGCAAUAAAAGUAAGAGUAAAUUAAAUAAGACUCCAGGAAGAACACCUAAAAGUAUGAAUUCUUGCAAAAAAAAUUUAACUUCAGAGUUUCGGCCACUGACAAAGUGUAUUUCAACCUCCUUUGGCGAAAGUCCUGCAGGUCAGGAUGCACCAGAAGAUGCUGAUAGUGACAGUAGUAGUAAUCAUAGCACAAGUUUAAUGAUGUAUUCUGGGCCAGAGUAUGAAGGAGGUUAUGAACAAAAUGUACCAACAAAAUCAUCUAGUCAAAGCACCAAUCAAAAUAUUUCCCCUGGCCUUGAAAAAAGUCACUUCGAUCUUGGAAUCGAAGAAAUUCUUCAGAAUUCAGAAGAUUUUAUUUCUGUUCCUGUUUGUAGGCAGAGUUCACGCAUCAGAAAAUCUAAACGAAAUUCACCUUCCUCUGAUGCAAAUGUUAGAGUACUACGCAAACGUGUUAAAAUAGACGAUUUGUGAAUAAAUUUUACCCAAAUUUUUGUAUGUCUUUGUUGCAUGAAAUUUUAAUGAAAUGUGUGAUGUAUAAAAUGUUGUAUCAUACUUUUCACCUGAAAAAAUACAUAUUUUUGUAAAUUUGUUAUUCAUGUAUAAUUUAUGGAUGUAAAAAUACUAAUGUCAUUGUAAAUUUCAUAUAAAUAGGGACAUUAUACCAUGGCACAUCAGCAUGGGAUUAUAAACUUGCUGUAUAUACUCUACAUUAAGUGAAUGCAGAAUAUGCUGAUAAGUCAAGAAUUCUGUGAAUCUCACUCCCAGUGUCAGUAUGCAACUUAAGUUUGUAAUCAUGGCUAGCACAUACACAACCUUCACAUGCAACGGUUACCACUAAAGAAACCGCUUAAAUUAGUCCUGUUUUCUCUUUCAGUGUUCAGUCUAUCUGGCUUGGGCAGUCAUUGCCACCAACAACAUUCACGUCAUGCAGUACAAAUAAGGCCAUAGAAAUUGAUAGAAGCAGGGCUUGAUAUCUGGUAGACCGCAAAAACAACAAGUUUGCUUUUUUGCAUAUAUGCAUUUUUACAUGAGUGAGGCAGCUGUGAUCACAAUUUCAAAAUUUUGCCAACAUAAUACCUCGUCAUGAGAGAACUUUUAAAUUGGACCAAGAAUAGUUGGAAUGGCCAUGUAUUUACUCUUUGUAAAUUACAUUAGUAUUUGCUUUCUCCUAUGCAAAUACAUAUGUAUGGAGUAGUAUACAUAGCGUAGAGAAAGUUAUCUCACGCUAGUGAAAAUCGAUUUUGCGAUUUUAAUGGAAAUACAC